AUGGCCUGCUGCAAAUCUGAAAACAAACCAGCAUCUACCAAUACAUGCUGUGGUGGUGCUUGUGUCACUAAAAACAGCUACAAACUCUUAACAUGGGCAAACCCAAAAAAGUCAGCAACUGUCUUAGGGUCAAUCUUGGGUGGUUUGUUGUUCGUCAAGUAUGUCAAUGUUGUUUCUCUUUUCUUUUACUUUUCUACAUUUGCAUUGAUUAUUUCUGCAUUGGCUGAAUAUGCAGGCAGAGUCGUUACCGGAACAGGUUUUGUCACCAAGUACAAGCCUUUGAUUUUCUCCAAAGUUCCUUCUGUUGGUGAAACUGCUGAAUACUAUGCUCCUCAUGUAGUUACUAUUACCAAGAAGGUUGAAGCCGAAGGUAAGAAGUUGAUUACUUCUACGGAUAUCGAAAAGACCUUUAGGGCUGGGGUCGCCACUUUUUUGCUUUACAAGAUCACUUCCAUAUUUUCUCUCUGGAGUCUUUUAUUCGCAUCUUCGAUCAUCUCAUUUACUGCACCGCCUGUUUAUUUGGCUAACAAGGAAGUUAUUGACGCAAAUGUCGUCAAAUAUUCAAACUGUGCUAGGGCAAGACUCGAUGAAGGUAUCAAGGUAGCAGGUGAGAAACUGGCUCCUUACACCGAAAAGGCAAAGAAUGCAGGUGGUCCAAUUUUCAAGUUUAUCGAAUCGAAGCUUCCUGUUAGAACCGCAGGCUCCACUGUCAAGAAAGUUCCAAGUUCUGCUACUACUUCUACCACGACCGAUUCUACUCCUAUUACCGCUACUACUACAUCUUCUGCUAUUCAUGAACAAUCCGCAAAGAAAGUUUCCACCCCUGUUGUUGACGAACCAACCGAAGUUGAUUUUAACAAACUGGGUGAGGAGCUAAAGAAGGAGGCUCAUGCAGCUGCCCAGAACGAAGAUGCAUUUACCAGAGAAAAGAUCGAUGCACCACCUUCUGUCUAG